GGUGCAACCAUGAUGAAUCCCAUUGAAUCCAGUAUUUGGACCGUGAUGGAAUAGACACAGCUGCAUUCAGCAACAUUCAGCUUUCAAUCUUCUUUUCGCAAGUUCGUGUAAAGUAGUUUUUCUCAUGGUGUAAUAAAAAGAAAUGUCUACGGGUGCGGAACGUCCGGCUUCUAUGCCUUUUCAGGACAGUCAAUACAACUGGACGGACGAUUUACCAGUUUGUAAACAGUCCGGAGUAGGCUUCUCUACUAAUCAAAUCUACCGAGAGGAUGGAUAUCGACAAGAGGCUCAUCUAUUUGAGGACCGUAGUUUUCAUUGUAGAUAUGAUAACUCUACGUUUCUUUAUGCCGUAUUUGACGGUCAUGAAGGUACUAAGGCAGCUAAUUUUGCUAUGCAGAGGAUGGCUGCAGAAAUCCUACUUGGGCAGCUGAAUGACAAAUCAACUGACGAGGAGGUGAAGGAAGUUCUCCGGCAGGCAUUUAUAGCAGUUGAGAAAGGGUAUCUAGAAUCAAUUGGUGAUUUAUUAGCAGAACGGGCUAGUCUGCAGUUUGACAUACCUGAUGGAUUGACUCCCUAUGAGACCUACCAAAAGUUUCCAGACUUGGUUGACAAACUAAAUGCAUUAAAUUGUGAACUGUCAGCUGGGACUAGCGCUGUGGUUGCUUUGGUCUACAAAGGGAGGCUGUACGUCGCGAAUGUCGGAGAUAGCAGGGCACUGUUAUGCAAAACAGACAGCAAUCAAGUUUUAAGAGUAGUACAAUUAAGCGUCGAUCAUGACUUGAGAAACGAAGACGAGCUUUUGCGAUUAUCUCAAUUAGGCUUGGAUGUUGAAUCAGUUAGGCAAGGAUCUCAUCUUGGAAAUCAAGAAAAUACGCGUUGCCUCGGUAACUAUCUAGUCAAGGGAGGAUACAGAGAAUUCGAAGAGCUAACAGCUUCUAUAGCAGAACCAAUUAUCGCCGAACCAGAGAUCCAUGGAAGUAUCGAACUAGAUGAAUCUUGUAGAUUUUUAUUGCUUAUGUCGCGCGGCUUAUAUAAAUCAUUGGAAGAAGCGACCGGUACCGAUCAAGUCAAUAAGGAAUUAGCUUUAAUAGCAGUCGAACAGUUUCGAGUACAAUCGACUUUAACUGGAGUCGCUCAGGCGGUGGUCGAUAAGGUCGUGAGAAUUCACCAUGACGUAAACAUGAGCAACACGCAGAACACUAUGACCACUGGGAAGCGCGACGACAUAACUCUCCUAGUGCGGAAUUUCAAUUUUCCGCUGCCGCACGCACUAAAGAGUCCGACUAGUCAGUCAGUCAGAUUCAAUCCCGUGGUUCAAACCGCGCCAAAUAGCAUACCGGACAACGAGGACUUAUCGAGCACCAGCACAGGCGUCACAGAUGAUAACGCUGACACAUCGACGACGGAAACAUCAACGACGUCGGACUUGUAUCCGCCUGGCGCCAGAAUGGCGGAGCGAAAUGCUAGAAUUAAACCUUAUGUAGAUUUUUCAGAGUAUUACGAAAACGUAGAAAAGAGACGAAAAGAGGGGACACUACCAGAAGGUAUAGACUUUUAAUGUUUCGUUUAGUUCAUAAGUGAAAUAUUCGAAUACUUUUUUCAGAAAUGAAAUAUCCCUAUAAGCGUUAUUUUAAUAUUAUUUUAAUUUUUAAUAAUAUUUGUAUAAUAUUCUAAGAAUAUUGUAGCGCUUAUAGGGAUAGAAAUUACCGAGAUCAGCACAUUGCGACUGUGUUAAUGUACAUAAAUGUUCCUACUGUUGCAGCUUAUUUAUUUUUGACUUUGAGAUUGUAUAUUUAUACUUAUCAUUACAAUAUGAAAUUUAUAAAACAGCAUUGUUAAAUUCUUCAAAAUUUAUAGGACUCAAACUAUUACAAGACUUGUAUUACAAGUAUUACAGAUACUUUGUCGGGUUAGAUUUCAAGCGCUCAAAUGCGGCUUUUUCGAGGCAUUCUCUGUGAUCAGGAUGCGCGAUUUGGAUCAGUGCAUUUGCUCUUUGUCGUAAGGUUUUACCGAAAAGAUCCGCCACUCCGUGUUCCGUAACGAUAUAAUGCGCAUGAGCUCUUGUUACUACCACUCCGGCUCCUACGUAAAAAAUGGCAAUAUCACAAAUUUAUUGAAUAAUUAAUUGAAUAUAAUAAAAUUUAUCUCGCAGCA